AGGAGGAGCAGCAGAGUUUGACCCUGCACGCUGCUGGAGAAGAAGAUGACCUCCAUGAGAGCAGCGACCCUCCUGCUGCUUUUGCUGCCGCCGCUGCUGCUAUGCUCUUCGGCCACAGAAGAACCGCAGCAGAAGUCCGCCGCUGCUGUCAGAGAGUAUUACAUAGCAGCUGUAGAGAUCGGCUGGGACUACGUCUACUACCUGGACGCUGUUGAGCCAGCGACCGACCAAAGGAGUAGAUCCAAAGAUAUUCCUCAAAAAUACGUCAAGGCAGUUUACAGGGAGUACACAGACUCCACAUACACCGUCCCCAAGACAAGGCCAGCAUGGACAGGUAUUCAGGGCCCGGUGAUCGUAGCCCGGGCUGGUGACCGGGUGGUGGUCCACUUCAAGAACCUGGCCUCUCAGUCCUACAGUAUGAGCCCCGUGGGGAUCACCUACUGGAAACAGUCUGAAGGAGCCGGGUAUGAUGACUCCACGGCUGGCCAGGAGAAGGAGGAUGAUGCCGUCUCUCCUGGAGGAUACUAUGAGUACGUGUGGGACAUCAGCCCUAAAGACGGCCCCACUUCCAGUGACCCCGAGUGUCUCACCUACUCCUACUCAUCCCAGGUGGACACGGUUCGAGAUGUAAACUCAGGACUCAUCGGUGCCCUGCUCAUCUGCAAAACAAGUGCCUUCACAGAUGAAGGCCAGAGGAGAAAUCCGGCGUUUGUGCUGCUGUUUGCCGUGUUUGAUGAGACCAAGAGCUGGUAUGGAGAGGUAGGAGAGAGGAGGAGCAGAGAGAAGUUCAAGAGGAGUGGCGGCAGAAAGGAAUACCACACCAUCAAUGGAUAUGUCAACUCUACGUUACCUGGUUUGAUGAUGUGUCAGGGCCGUAAUCACGUGUUCUGGCAUCUGAUUGGGAUGGGCACAGCUCCAGAAAUCCACUCCAUUCAGUUUCAGGACCACUCUCUGCAGGUGAUGAGCCAUCGUAAAGUCACCAUGGAGGUGACCCCUAUGACAUUCAUCACUGCAGAAAUGAGACCUGCUACUAUCGGCCGCUUCCUUAUGAGCUGUCAGAUACAUGCUCACCGCCACGAUGGUAUGAACGCUUAUUUCACGGUGGAGAAAUGCCCUGAACCUUUGCCGGGACCCGACCUGCGAAACGUCAAACAUAAGGAUUACAGGGAUAGCAGUGAAGAGUACUUUGAAGACGACAGUGACGACGACAGUGACGACGGCGAGAAUUUGUUCAACACCAUCAGCUUUCAGCCUAGGAAACCAAAAUUGCAAGCGAGAGCCAGCAGGGGACAGCCACCUAUAACCUGGGAGCAUUACAUCGCCAUUGAAGAGGUCACGUGGGACUACGCCCCUCAUCUCAAACCCACAGAUAGUGAGUUGCAGUCUGGAUAUUUGCCUGCAGCUCCCCAUCACCUGGGCUACAAGUAUAAGAAGGCGGUGUAUGUGGAGUACAAAGAUGGAUCUUUCACUCAGAAGAAGAACCCGGCCAACACACUGCUGGGUCCACUCCUGAAAGGAAAAAUCAACGAUAAAAUUCAUAUCACUCUGAGAAACCUGGCCAGUCGCCCUUUCAACAUUUACCCCAAUGGCCUUACCAAGAUCUCUCCACUGCAGAGAUCCACAAAUGCUGCAGAGAAGGACCUGCGCUCCAUGGCAGUGCCCCCCAACGGGACGUUCAGCUACGUUUGGUCGCUAACAACAGAUGAUGGACCGUUGGGGGGAGACCCCCAGUGUCUGACACAGCUGUAUCAGAGCACCAUCUCCCCAGAGAGGGACUUGGCCUCCGGACUGGUGGGCACCCUGCUCAUCUGCAAGUACAACACCAUGGACACCAGAGGACGUCUGUUGGGCCCAGAUAAAGAGUGGAGCCUGAUAUUUGCUGUGUUUGAUGAGAACAGAAGUUGGUACUUCAACGAAAACAUGCAGAAGUCCAGCCAAAACUCCUCAAACACCACGGACCCUGACUUCUACAAAUCCAAUGUCAUUUACAGUAUAAACGGCCUCAUGUUCGCCGGGCGUAAGUUUGUGGUGUCUCAAACCGACGUGGCCUUCUGGCAUGUGGCCAAUGUGGGCACCCAGAGUGACUUCCUCUCUGUUUACUUCACGGGAAACCUCUUUCAGUACCAAGGCCUCUACCAGACCGUCCUCACCCUCUUCCCCAUGACUGGCAUGACCGUUCCCAUGGAAACCGAGGUGAUGGGUGAGUGGGAGAUCAGUGCUUACGAUGGCAGCCUCAAGAGCCGGGGGAUGAGCGUCCGUUACACCGUUCGUCAAAGCGAGGAUGGAGACCGAGUUGAUCGUGAUGGGGUUGAAGACGAUCUCUCUGACUAUAUCGAUCAGUUUGAUCUGCAGCCGAGGAGCAGAAGACCUGAAAAUUGCACAACGUUGGUUCGAUUGUGCAAGAAACCCCUCGCUAAUAACAAUACUCAAUCGGUAAACACGUCCAGUCAAAAUGUCACUAAUGGUGAAACAGUAACAUCCCUGGAUGGAGACGGAGGAAUCCCACAGGAUGUCUUGGAGGAACUAGGGAGAGACGGGAAGUGGACAGUUUCUCAGAAUGAGACUGGGCCUGGAGGAGAGGGAGGUCGAGGCAGGCAGAGAAGACAAGCAGAGGGCAACUGGACGGAUGUAGAUAUCAGCUCUGGAGCCUCAGAAGAUGGACGAACUGGGUUCGAGAUUGGAGGAGAGGAUGUGGAAAAUAGGACUGACGCUGGUGCCGAGGUGAAAGCUGAGGAAAGGAGUGAAAUGUCGAGUGUGAAUAAUGAGACGAAGGGAGAGCUUGAAGAGAGCAACGAGAUCUUACCGAACAGCAAUCCACAGCUGACAGAGUUAGUCUCAACUGUAGAGCGAAGCAAUUCAGAAGAAAUGGAUCGAAACUUAAUACCACUAAACCACAUUCAGUCUGAGCCUGAGCGACUUAGAGCAGUUCUGGAAUAUAACUACACUGCUGACAGCAACAACACAACAGGGAUCGAUCUGUCUCUCGAGUAUGACGACUACGGCCUAGAGGUGAACACGUCAGAUAUAUUUGACACGGAUUACAUGGACCUGCGCUCCGGAGAGACUAGAUACCGCCACUACUACAUUGCAGCAGAGGAGAUCAACUGGAACUACGGCAUCCGAAAACCUCAUCAGCUCAUCAAACCCAGAGAGAUGCGUCGAGGGAUGAGGAAGUUCCUGCCAGAGUAUAAGAAGGUGGUGUUUCGAGCCUACAGCGAUAAAGACUUCCUACUUCCUGUGGGCAGAGGAGAGCCCCAGGAGCACCUGGGAAUCAUGGGACCUUUCAUCAGAGCUGAGAUCAAUGAUCUCCUCACCGUGGUCUUUAAGAACAAGGCAUCCAGGCCGUACUCCUUUCACCUUCAGGGAGUCUAUGACCGCAGCCAGGGGGCCGGUAUGGGCCAAAGCCAGGCCUCCUCUGCUCCGCCCGGCGUCCCAGGAGAGCCUGUGGCUCCUGGGGAGGCGCGGACCUAUAACUGGAGAGUAACCAGGAAACAAGGACCAACCGACACUGAAUUUGACUGCAAGACUGGGGCUUACUACUCCACUGUGGACAAGGAGAGGGACCUUCAUUCGGGUCUGAUUGGUCCACUGGUGAUCUGUAAGUCCGGCACCCUCCGGACUCGUCAGAACACGCAGCGAGACGUCCAGGAGUUCGCCCUUCUCUUCCACACCUUUGAUGAAACUAAAAGCUGGUACCUGGAGGAGAGCCUGCAGCGCCACUGUGCUCCGCCCUGUCAGGCCAACACUGAGGACCCCUGGUACCACAUCAGCAACAAGUUUGCAGCAAUAAAUGGGUAUGUAGCGGAGACUCUUCCUGGUCUGUUGGUCGCCCAGCACGAGCUCGUCAGGUGGCACCUGCUGAAUGUUGGAAAUGACGGAGAGUACCACGCUGUGCAAUUCCACGGUUUGCCUUUCACUGUUCACACUGAAGAGGAACACCGUAUGGGGGUCUACAACCUGUUCCCUGGAGUGUUUGGCACGGUGGAGAUGAGACCCCCCACAGUUGGCACGUGGCUGGUGGAGUGCACUAUAGGAGAGUACCAGCUGGCCGGUAUGAGGGCUAAACUACUGGUCUAUAAUCCAGAGUGUGUCUUGCCUCUGGGGAUGCAAUCGGGAAGGAUCGAGGACUCCCAGAUCACAGCAUCAGAUUACAUAGGUAACUGGGAGCCGAGGCUGGCAAGGCUGGAGCAGUCCGGUUAUAUCAAUGCCUGGAUGGGCAGAAACAGGAUGUCAUGGAUACAGGUUGACCUCCAGAGGCCCACCCUGCUGCACGGCGUGCAGACGCAGGGAGUCAGGUCGAGGCUGAGGGACAACUACAUCGCAAUCUUCAACGUCUCCUACAGCCUGGACCAGGAGACCUGGACCGCUUACAGAGGAAACAGAACCAGGCAGAACAAAGUAUUUUAUGGCAAUAUGGACAGCUCCAGUGUGAAAACCAACCCCUUCUCUACACCAUUUGUGGCUCGCUACGUCAGGAUUCAGCCUGUAAACUUUGUCCAAAAGCCUGCUCUCCGUCUGGAGCUGCUCGGCUGCGAUCUCAACAGCUGCUCUCUCCCUCUCGGGCUCAAGAAGAGGCUGAUUCCUGACGACAGCUUCACUGCUUCCUCAUUUUAUUCAUCUCUGCUGCUUAGCUGGAGACCCGGCCUCGCUCGCCUCCACCAAGAAGGCAGGGCCAACGCCUGGAGGCCAAAGAACAACAACCCCCACGAGUGGCUGCAGGUGGACUUGGGGAAAGUGAGACGCAUCACGGGGGUCGUGACCCAAGGAGCACGAUCAAUGUUGACCCAAAUGAUGGUGACCGAGUUCUCCGUCACCAUCAGUCAUGUUGGACACUUAUGGAGCAGCGUGUUGGAGGAGAGCUCCCAGAGAGAAAAGAUCUUCACAGGAAACAGCGACUCAGACGAUGAAGCUCUCACCGUCUUCGAUCGUCCUCUGUUCGGCCGCUACCUCCGCAUCCACCCGCGGGGUUGGUUCAACGACAUCGCCCUGCGCCUGGAGGUCCUGGGCUGCGACACGCAGCAGGGGCCCUGAACUCUCCAACGCCACACAGAAACAUUUUAGUAGCGUUAUGUAUCCUGGUUUCAUUUUAGAGUUUGAAAAAUGUAUUUUGUUAUGCAGAGCACUUAUUAAGUUAUAUAUUACAUGUAGCUGUUUGUAUCAGAGAAGCUAUUUCUUCUUGUGGCAACAACUUUGUUUACAUUUCCACCUUUUUCACAGCACCCUAUUUGGCCGGAAAAAAUGCUAUUAAAAUAUUUUAUGUCUUUAUUUAGCAAAGAAUCAUGUUUGUCAUUUUUAAAAAGGCUAUCUAGUGUUGGUAGAAAUAAAUCUAUUUUUAAGAUGUGACCUUUUGAAUGUAAGCGUGUGUAAAUAUUUCAGAUGGAUGUAUACAGUUUGAAUGGUUUUAUAUUGUUGGAAAAGUAUUAUAGUAUAAUGUAUUUUGUUCUGCUUUAUUAGAGUUUAUAUAAACAAUGAAUCU